UUAAGGCCCUUGAUCUUGUCUUAUAAAUCAAAUGCCCCCUUUCUACAAAAAUCGUAAACAUCCUUAGAUCAAAGAUGGGAUCUCAGGUGGCUGUUAAAUCCCACGCCUUAUGCAUCCCCUUCACUGCACAAGGGCACAUAAACCCUAUGAUGCAGCUUGCUAGGAUCCUGCAUUCCAAAGGCUUUUACAUAACAUUUGUCAACUCUGAGUUCAACCAAGAUCUGAUUACGGAAGCGAAUGGUCACGUUCCAGCCACCGGAUUCGACGAUUUUCGGCUAGAAACGAUACCCGAUGGACUACCUCUGAGUCAUGGAAGGACCACAAAUGUGCUUGAGCUUUGUGAGUCCACUAGGAAGAACAUGAAGGCUCCCUUUGGGGAACUCAUGACUAGGCUCAAGUGUAGUCCAGGUGUGCCUGGUGUGACUUGUGUGAUCUCUGAUGGAGUUUUGAACUUCACUCAAGAGGUUGCUGAGGAGUUUGGGGUCCCAAGGGUGACCUUUCGGACCACGAGUGCUUGUGGAUAUUGGGGUUACCUUCAGAUUCCUGAGCUCAUAGAGAGAGGAUACACACCCCUCAAAGAUUUAAGCUGCCUUGCAGAAGGGUACUUGGAAACCAUUUUAGACUGGGUUCCAGGAAUGCCCAAUGUUUAUCUCAAGGACAUGACAGCUUUUACUAGAACCACUGAUCCAGAUGACUUCCUCCUUAACUACACCAAAACAGAAUCUCAGAUGGCACUGAGGACUUCAGCCCUCAUUCUCAAUACAUUUGAUGAUUUGGAGAAAGAUGUUGUUGAAGCGAUGAGAUCUAGAAUCCCUUGCCUACUUUACACAAUUGGUCCUCUUCUAACCUUUAGCGAACACGAAUCCAAGGAAGAGGAUAAGUCCAUUCCGACAACUUUGUUGAAAGAAGAGACUGAGUGCUUAACUUGGCUUGAUAAACAACAAUUUAAGUCGGUUCUAUAUGUAGCCUUAUGGGUGACGCCCGCUAUUUUGAGCCAAGAGUUCAUGGAUAAAAUUAAGGGCAGGGGGUUGAUCGCAAAUUGGUGCGACCAAGAACACGUGCUCUCACACGCUUCAGUGGGUGGGUUUUUGACGCACAGUGGUUGGAAUUCCAUGCUCGAGGCCAUCUGCAAUGGAGUGCUUGUCAUAUGUUGGCCAUUUUUCGCAGAGCAACAUACCAAUUGUAGGUACGCCUGUAUUGAGUGGGGUUUUGGCAUGGAGAUAGACAACAAUGUCAAUGUCAAGAGGGAUACAGUGGAGGCCGAAUUGAGGGAGUUGAUGGAAGGGAUGAAGGGAACGGAGUUGAGGGCCAAAAUAAUGAAGUGGAAACAGGUAGCAGAGAAGGCUAUCAAACCAAGAGGCUCCUCUUAUGAGAAUCUUGAUGCUUUAGUGAAGGAAGUCCUUCUUAAGAAUUAUGAGAACAAUUAGAUAUUAAAUAUUUUUCAUACCAUUUUAUCCUAUGCUCUGUAUUAGGAAUAGAGCAACAUAUGCAGUUGUGACCAAGUUUCUAUAAUACGUUUAUGUGAUUGAAGCUUUUGUGCCGAUUAAGUUUUGCCAUCGUUACAAGCGCAUGACUGGAUUCAAGCUGAUCU